AAGAUGUCAGUGUCCGGGAUGAAGAAGCAGCUCCAUAAAGCCAGCCAGCUGCUGAAUGAGAGGCUGAUGGGAGCUGAAGGAACCAAGAUGGACGAAGACUUCCUGAGGAUGGAGAAGUCUGUUGCUGUGAUCCACACACUGCUGGUUGAGCUUCUGUCCAAAACCACAGAGUUCCUCCAGCCAAACCCAGCUUUCAGAGCCAAACUGAGCAUGCUCAACACCAUGUCCAGGAUUCGAGGUCAGGGGAGGUCAACAGGUUACCCACAGGCAGAGGGUAUGCUGGGAGAUUGUAUGUUGCUGUACGGCCGAGAGCUGGGAGCUGCUUCUGAGUUUGGUGGAGCUCUGGCUGGUGUUGGCGACGCUCUGCAGCAGGUUGCCCAGGCCAGGGACGCUCUGGAUGUCAACGUCAAGCACAUUUUCAUCGACCCCCUGCAGGACGUCCAUACCACUGAGCUGAAGGAGAUCAGGUAUCAGCUGAAGAAGCUCAACGGUCGUCGGCUGGACUUUGACUACAAGAAGAGACGAAAAGGGAAAGUCCCCGUGGAGGAGGUCCAUCAGGCGUGGGACAAGUUUAUCACCUCCAAAGAGCUGGCAGAAAGGAGCAUGUUCGUCCUGCUGCAGAAUGACGUGGAUCGGCUCAGUCAUCUGGCCGCUUUGGUCGCAGCGCUGCUCGACUUCCACCGCAACGCCCACCGCAUCCUGCUGGGUCUCCAUGGUAACCUGCAGGCUAGACUGACUGCUGCCAGUAACAAACCGAGGCGACGCCUCAGACCCAAAAACAUCCGAGUCAGAAGUGAACACGACAGCAGCGUGGGAUUUUACCAGCAGCCGUCAGUCACAUGUGCAGUUUCCUCAGGAGAGCAGUUCACAGAUUUACCGUCCAGACCAGGCAGUCCCAUCUCCUGUUACGCUGACAGUAAGCUGGUCCUGGAUCAGCCCUGUUGCCGGGCGAUGUACUCUUUCCACCCAAACCACGAGGGCGAGCUGGCCUUCAGCGAGGGCGACAUCAUCGUCCUCACCUGUCAGGUUGACGUCAACUGGUACGAGGGCGAGCUGGGCGGCCAAUCAGGACUCUUCCCUGUCAGCUACGUGGAUGUGCUGGUGCCUCUGCCAUUACCAUGA